GGUGUCCCCUCCCCGCUGUCCCCGGGGGGCUCUGGGCAGCCCAGGGGGGUCGAGCCCUGGGUGCAGCCUCUCCCUGCUGUCCCCGGGGUGGGUCGGGGUCCCCAGGGUCGCCUUGUGCGGGUUGGGGUCCCCUUCCUGUUGGCACUGGAGGGUCUCGGGGGUCCCCAGGGUGGCUCUCUCCCAGCGGGGCCGGGUACAGCGCGUUCCCUGCCAGUCCUAGGAGAGAGCUCGGGGGUGCCCAGGCUGUCCCGGGAGACCCCCGGGUGGCUGCCCCAUAACUGGGACCCUCGCUGUCCCCACGAUGGCCGCAGGGUCCCCAGCCCAGCCGGAUUGGGCGCAGCCCCUCCCGCGGAGUCCGGAGGUCGCCGGGGCAGCGGGGCUGGGUCCGGGUGUGUCCCCAUCCCGCCUGGGCAAGCUCCGGCUGGGUCGGGAAAUGAUCCCAGUUCCAGCUCCUCUUUGUUUCCCAACGCCUUGGCCCCCGGCCGGCCGCUCCCCACGCCACCCCCCGCGGGGUCCCCGUGCCCCUGGAGACCCCCGCGGUGGCCCAAGGCUUUGGCUCCGGGGGCACACCCGGCUGGGGUCGGUUUUCCUCCUGUCCCUGAGAGCAGCACGUCCCGGGGCUGCUCCCGGUGCUGAGACCCCCGAGCUUGGUGUGUGAGCUCUGCCCCGAGCUCAGCCUGGCACCCCCGGGUGUGAGCUGGGCACCUCCUGGGCAGCAAUUGCCACAUGUGCCCAGCUGGCACAGGGACACCGGGGCAGGCAGGGCCACCUGCACGUGUUCUGGCUUCUCGGUGCCCCCAGAUGCCAGCGGGGCAGGACAGGGCGUGGGGGCGAUGCAGGACUGGGCAGCCUCAUGUGCCCACCACGGCCCUGGUGGGCAGAGGGCACAGAGAGACCCGGGGGGGCUCGGAACACCCUGGCUGUACGGGCAGGGCUGCUCUGCUCACGUCCCCUGUGGGCAUUAUCUCCAGCACGGGUGGCACCGCUCCAGUGGCACCUUGGCACAGCACCUGGCCAGGGGUGGGGUCUGGCUGCCCCGCCGGGGUGGGGACACCGCCGCCAUCAGCGCUGGCCCCACGCUCCUGCGCCAGCCCCGGAUCUGGCUGCGGGCCCGAGCAAACGGGCGAGAUCAGCAAACAAGCUCCGACCGGCCCCCGGUGGCUGCCAAGCCCGUGAGCGGCGCCGGGGCCCGGCCGCGGGAUGGGGAUGCUCAGGGUGGCACAGAGGGGUCACGGCGCUGCCCACCCUGCCCCUCGGGUGGGCACAGAGCCAGCGCCUGCUCCCGCCAGCUGGGCAGGAAGAGGGCAGAGCCCGGGCAGCGCCUGGCACGGGUGAUAAGGCUGCACGCCGGACAUCGGGCAGGACGGGGCUCACGGGGCGGGGGCUGCGGUGCCACCGGCGCCACUGAUGGGUGCCAUCCCCGCAGACCCCCCUGCCGUCAGCAUGGCAAACCGGGGCCCCUCGUACGGGCUGAGCCGGGAGGUGCAGCAGAAGAUCGACCGGCAGUACGACCCCGAGCUGGAGCAGGUGCUGGUGCGCUGGAUCCUGGCACAGUGCGGCAACGACGGCGGCGGCGCGGUGGCACAGCCGGCACCCGGCAGGGACGGCUUCCAGCAGUGGCUGAAGGAUGGCACGGUGCUCUGCCGGCUCAUCAACAGCCUCCACCCUCGGGGCCAGGCGCCCGUGGCCAAAAUCCAGGCGUCGGCCAUGGCCUUCAAGCAGAUGGAGCAGAUCUCGCAGUUCCUGCAGGCGGCCGAGCGCUACGGCAUCGCCGCCACCGACAUCUUCCAGACCGUGGAUCUCUGGGAAGGGAAGAACAUGGCGUGCGUGCAGAGGACCCUGAUGAACCUGGGCAGCCUGGCCGUGGCCAAGGGUGACGGGCUCUUCGUGGGAGACCCCAACUG